UGUGACUUGGGUCUCCUAGCAACGCCAAGAGUUUGUGGUGGGCGGAGCCUGACGGAGAGGAGCUUUGAGUCGGGAGGGAAGAGGGGGAAGCCGGGUGGAAGGUUUGUAGGAUAGCCCCAAAAUAGAUGAAGCAUCACAAUUAUGUGUCCUGCACUCCAAACAGAGCUGAAACCAGAGUUUCUGACUGAUCCAUAUGACAGCUUCAUGCAGCAUCACCUGAAAUAUUAUGGCUAUUUUAAAGAAAAAAAAGCGAAAGAGGAGAUUUUACUGCGUCCAGCGCGGAGAAACAGAAGGAUGGAACGAACCCCUACAGACAGCGAUUCGGACAAAUUCUCUCAUGACCAGAAGAAACUGAUUUACUCGCUGUUGCUAGAAAGCACCGGGUUUAAGAGCAGACAGAUUGUUUUUGACAAUCAGGAAGGGCAAAUCAUCCCACGUCUCAGGAAGCCCCGGAAUCUGUUCUCUACCUUCAGGGAAAAUGGGUUCCUGAAACCUCCGCGCUGGCCUACGGAUUGUGAGGUCAUUCCUGGAGAAAUCACUCAUAUUGAAUGGGAUCCUCCCCAUCCAGAGCCCUUCUACAAACAUACUGGCAAAGAAGCAAUGCCAUCCGUUUCUGAGGAAGGAGAUGGCAAAGUGGUGUAUGAAAUCAAAGCAGCAUACAAAGGGUCUCACUACACUGGUUCCCGAACUGGCGGACGUCGGUGUGUCAUUUAUACACCGUGUACAAAUGUCGAUGGGAUCAAUAACAACAACAACUUGCAGUUUGAAUCUCAAUUUGAAAGCGGCAAUCUUCAAAAAGCUGUCAAAGUAGGGACAUAUGAGUAUGAACUGACCCUACGCACCGACCUCUACACCAGCAAGCACACUCAAUGGUUCUACUUCCAGGUGAAGAACACAAAGAAAGGUGUCCCUUAUCGUUUCACGAUCACUAACCUAAUGAAGAGCAACAGCCUGUACAAUGCUGGCAUGAAGCCUCUUAUGUAUUCAGAACACGAUGCCACCCUCACAGGAGAGGGGUGGAAGAGGGAAGGGAGAGAUAUAAAGUACUAUCGUAACUCUCGCCCACAGGGUGGUGGCUCUUUGUACUGCUUAACAUGGACAUUUGAGUUCCCCCAUGACAACGAUACCUGUUUCUUUGCACACUGUUAUCCGUAUACAUAUUCUGACCUGCAUAGGGAUAUUGAAAUGUGGACCAGUGACCCAGAUCGCUCCCAGUACUGCAAACUCCGGACCUUAUGCAGGAGUCUAGCCGGUAACACGGUCUACUUGAUGACCAUUACGUCCCCAUCUGUAAAACCUGAGUUGGCCUCUAGUAAGAAAGCAGUGGUGGUGACGGCCAGAGUACAUCCUGGGGAGACUAAUGGCUCCUGGAUGAUGAAAGGCUUCCUGGACUUUAUCCUGAGUGACUCUCCUGAUGCUCGCCUGCUCAGAGAUAUGUUUAUUUUUAAAGUGAUUCCCAUGCUGAAUCCAGAUGGAGUAAUUGUUGGAAACUACCGCUGCUCUCUGUCUGGGAGGGAUCUAAACAGGAACUAUCGAAGUAUGCUGAAGGACUCCUAUCCGUGUAUUUGGCACACAAGGGCUAUGAUUAAAAGGCUUGUAGUAGAACGAGAAGUUCUUCUAUAUUGUGACUUCCAUGGACACAGUCGUAAGAACAACGUGUUCAUGUAUGGCUGUAACAAUAAGGGUCAUCCUGAGUCCAGACUACAUGAGAGGGUCUUCCCUUUAAUGCUCAGCAAGAAUGCUCCUGAUAAGUUCGUUUUUAAAGGCUGUAAGUUUAAGGUGCAGAAAAGUAAAGAAGGCACGGGACGAAUUGUAAUGUGGCGCCAUGGCAUCAGCAACAGUUAUACCAUGGAGUCUACUUUUGGUGGAUCUACAUUAGGGGACAGAAAAGGCACUCAUUUUACAACAAAUGACCUCAAAUCAAUGGGACAUCACUUCUGUGACACUCUGCUGGACUAUUGUGAUCCUGAUAGCACCAAGGUAAAGGUAUGUUUGUCUGAGCUCCAGACCAUAGUUCAAGAAGAAAUAAAAGAGAAGUUGAAACAACUUGGAAGAGAUGUUGAUUCUGAUGUCAAUUUGAGUGACAUUUCCCUGUCAGACAUCGAAUCAAGCACCAGUGGAUCAAAUAGCUCCGAGUCUGAUGGACUUCCUGCACAUUUGCUGAACAUGGCAGAAAAGUUUUUUCAGAAAAAGAAACGUUUACGAUCUCGUAAGGAGAGGAACAGAUUGUAUCAGAAACGAAGCUCCAAGCACAAAUCAAAGUCUCAGAGCAGCAUGGUGGAUGUUACUCAAUCUACUAACCAAACAGCCAAAUCCACAGUCUCUAAGAGCUCUAGUAAAGGGGAUACAGAAAAAAGAAAGCGAGGGCAGAUGAAGUCCCAUGAAAGCUCCUUGUCACAGACUGAUAUGGUACAGACAGCCGCGGCACCACCUGCAGAAAAACCCAUCAUGUCUUAUUCCCGGAAGCCUGAGUCUAUUUCUAUGAAAACCCAGCUCAUCAACAAACUUCCAACUUCCUUUGUUGGUGAUUUCUCCAUGAUUGAUCAUGUGUGUCCUCGCCAUAGCACAAUAAAGACACGGGAAACGGUUAAUGGCAAUCGGCUUCCUCUCAUAGUAACAGUUAUUCAGAGAACCACCUUACCUCCGUUACCUAAGGAUUCAUCGCCGAUCAAACAGCAUCCACCACCUUUCCAUGCCAUGCUUGAUUUCAACAAUGACAAAAGCCAGGUGACUGAUCACGUGCUCAAAAGAGACAGGCCGGUUAUAUCGAGAAGUCUGGUACCUUCUGUGGGAACAAAAUCAUACAGCUAUGCAACAACUGUAGAUAAACUGAAAAGCUCUGAAGCGUCUAGUUCAACCAUUGAUCUACAGCUCGGUCUCAGCCCAAAGACCCGCAUGACCAACAGAUUCCACCCGGAUUCAGUCAUCACUCUCGUGACUUCAGAUUUGUUAGAUAACAUCUUGCCAAAACCAAAGACGCACAAAUCAGACACUAUGAAGUUAUUACCAAAGGUCAGGAGGUCGGAUUCCCUCAUUGCGGCCACUGCAGAGGACGCAUCCGAAGGUCGGUGAAGAAUAAAAAAAAACAACCUACAGUGUGAUGCCAAGUCCAAGAGAGAGAAGCUUACAAAUCCUUGGAGGACUUCUGGGCGCUAGUUCCCAAAAUGAAUGACUUCAUCAUUAUUGGAGAAGGCACAGUGAUACAUGCCAUGCUGUUACUAUGUAUCUAAUUAUGCGGCUGAUCAAUACUAUUGGAGUUAAAGUGA